AAUUUAAUUAAUAAACGACAUUCAGUCACGAGAUAGUGAUACGAUAGAAACCGGUGCGCCUGUUUCCGAACGAACAGUGUCAUCAUCUACCGGCAGCUGUGAGCUGUCAAAAAUCAAAAUAUUAAGAAAAACUGUGAUAAAAUGCUUGACGAAACUCGAAAAAAAACUUUUUUGGGAUUUGAUUUUAGCACUCAAAGGUUAAAAGCGGUGGUCAUAGAUGAAGACUAUGUUGUCCAACAAGAAGCUGAUGUUGACUUUGAUGUCGAAUUACCAGAAUUUAGGACAGCGGGCGGGGUGCUCCGCGGGGAGCACGGCGAGGUGACGGCGCCGCCGCUGUUGUGGGUGAAAGCCCUGGACAUGGUGAUGGACAAACUCAUUGUGGCUGGUGUAGAAUUUGCUAACGUCGAAGCCUUGUCAGGGGCUGCUCAGCAACACGGCUCAGUGUGGUGGGCGAAGGGUGCAGAGGACAGGUUAGCCAACCUAUCAUCAGAGCAGUUCCUGCACUCGCAGCUAGCAUCAGCAUUUGUGGUGGACUCCCCCGUGUGGAUGGACUGCAGCACCUCUGCCGAUUGCCGCGCUUUGGAGGAGGCUGUGGGCGGUGCUGAGGAACUAGCAAGGAUAACCGGCUCUCGAGCGUACGAGCGUUUCACGGGCCCGCAAAUCCGCAAGCUGCACCGCACGCGGCUCCGCGCGUACAGCGCCACGGAGAGGAUCUCGCUGGUGUCCUCCUUCGCGUGCUCGCUGUUCGCGGGCAAAGUGGCGCCCCUCGACUUGUCCGACGGAUCUGGCAUGAAUCUCCUCGAUAUACACCAUAAGACAUGGUGCGAAGAAGCUUUAAAGGCGUGCGGGGACGAGACGCUAGCAGACAAGCUCGGCGCGCCGGUACCCAGUGCCUCAGUGGUGGGCACGAUAUCGGACUACUACGUGCAACGUUAUGGGUUCAAACCCGACUGCAAAGUCGUCGCCUUCACCGGCGACAACUGCUCUGCGCUCGCUGGGCUCCGCCUGCGCGCUGGCUGGGUGGGGCUGAGCCUGGGCACGAGCGACACCUUGCUGCUGGGUCUGCAGAGCCCUGCGGCGCCGUCCGCGGGGCACGUGCUCGUGGGGCCCACCAGCGCCCCCUACAUGGCGCUGCUGUGCUUCGCAAACGGCUCGCUCACGCGGCAGGCUCACCGGGACCGCCUGGCGGGGCCGAGCUGGGGCGCCUUCGACGACCUGCUGCGAGCCACCGUCAGAGGCAACAUGGGCUAUAUGGGUAUUUACUACGACACGGCAGAAAUAGUGCCGCGAGCCAAACCCUUGCGUCGACUAGUGGACGCUAACGGUCGACCGGUAGAAAAGCUUGCUUCACAGUUUGAAGCAAGAGCUUUGCUAGAAGGCCAGGCGCUCGCCAGGAGGGCGCACGCUGAGGACAUGGGAUUCACACUAGAGGCCGGGUCGCGUGUGGUGGCGACGGGCGGCGCGUCCGUCAACACGGCCCUUCUGCAGAUCUUUGCCGACGUGUUCAACACACCCGUCUACGUGCAGGACUCGCACGCCAAUGCCGCCUUGCUGGGCGCCGCGGUCCGCGCCGCCGAAGUGUGGAGUGAGCAUACUGGAAUUUCACUUAACGGCUCUGAGCCGACGGUGUCGCCGGUGGCGAAGCCCUACCCCGACGCGGAGCGCAUCUACGCGCCCAUGCUCAGGCGAUACAGAGACAUGCUCAAAGACAUUCCUGCGCUACACUAGUUACAGAGUACAUUGGAUUACAUGUAUGGAACGGCUACACAGUUCACGACAGUUAGGGAACUUCUAACAAAGCGUCGAAGCUUUGACGUCACUGGCAGGCGUCAAAUGUUUAGCACAUUUGACGCAAGUAGCAUACAAGCAGCUUUAUUUUUCUUUGAUUUUCUAAUAUUUGAUAUCGUCCAAAGGAUCAAACCGAGAGUCGUUCACUUGGGCGGCUAUUCCAUACAAAAUUGUGUUCCAUUUCACUGACCUCUAUGAAUACAAGUACGCCUGACUUGCUAUUGCCGAUCUGUAUUUGAAGAAACUUGAUUAUCGCCUUUUGGCGCUGAUACCAGCAGCAUCAUUUAACUGCCUAACUUUUAUGUUACCAAAUGACUAACUUAGAUUAAUUUAAAAAAUAAAAUUUAUAUACUUACUAGAAAUUUUAUCUUAUAAGAGGCACUUAAAUCUCGCAAAGAAAAA